GGCUCAGGCAGAUUCUUUAUGCUUUGUGGCCUUGGUGGGAUUAUUAGCUGUGGAACAACACAUACAGCACUGGUUCCUCUAGACCUGGUUAAAUGCAGAAUGCAGGUUUGUUCUGCAUGUUCGUAUGCAAUGACAUUGACAAAGCAUGUUUAGCGUGGUAUAAUUAAUCUACUAAUGAAUUGUAGGCAUAAACUAUCCCCUGGACAUCAUUGUCCAACAGUGCAUGGAGUUUAUGUAAAAGCAUGGUGUGUCUUUAUUUUUUGCUGCAGAAUACAGUUGCGAAUAUGGCUCGCUCAAGUUUUAUGCUCUUUGUGGCGUUGGUGGGGUCCUAAGUUGUGGCCUGACACACACUGCUGUUGUACCUCUGGAUUUAGUGAAAUGUCGUAUGCAGGUUGAUCCACAAAAAUACAAGAGCAUCUUCAAUGGAUUUUCAGUGACAGUCAAAGAAGAUGGUGUUCGUGGCUUGGCUAAGGGAUGGGCUCCAACCUUUAUUGGAUAUUCCAUGCAGGGUCUUUGUAAAUUUGGUUUCUAUGAAGUUUUUAAAAUCCUAUAUGGCAACAUGCUGGGAGAGGAAAAUGCGUAUUUGUGGCGUACUUCGCUAUAUUUAGCUGCAUCUGCCAGUGCGGAGUUUUUUGCUGACAUUGCUCUGGCUCCAAUGGAAGCUGCUAAAGUUCGUAUUCAAACACAGCCUGGAUAUGCUAACACUCUGCGGCAGGCUGUACCUAAAAUGUUUGGAGAAGAAGGCAUCUGGGC